CGGCCAGCCGGCACUGUGGCUGCUGGCAUUCACCCCGCCCUCCACGCUCGACCUGAAUAGCUGUGGGCUCUCCUGUUCGUCGCGGCACCUCCGGUGGAAUAGGCACAGGUGUUGGUGAAAAAUGGCGUACGUGCAAAGGCUAGGUUACCUGGGCUCGAGAGUGUCGAUCCAAGCAGCAUGUCACUCUCAGAGUCGACUGACUGCGCCAGUCAUACUACAUCGUACAAGACCGCUUCCCUCGCUGCGGCCGAGUGGACUGUCCCGUAACGCGCGGAGUUACUGGUGGUCCUCCUCUCCAAAAGCUCCUCAAGAGCCGGUAGUUGCUGAGGAGACCCUUCCUGAACAACCCGCCACUCCAGAAGAACCGCUGCUGGACACGGCAGCUCCCGCAGAAGGCACGAGCACCGCAGGGGAUGCCCUGCAAGUCUCGACGGGCAUACCGUGGCUCUGGACGAUUGUGAGCGCAACGCUCAUCACGCGUGUCAUCCUCUUCCCCUUCACCGUGCGGUCCAUGCGCUCGACCGCCGCCUUGGCACCACACGCGGAGGAGAUCAACAAGCUCCGGCUGAAGAUGCAGCUCGCGCAGGAGACCAAGGACAUGCUCCUCUUGCAACAGGUCGUCCUCAAACAGCGGAGCAUCUACGAGAAGGCAGGCGUGAGCAUGGGGUCGAUGGCCCUGCUCCCCGUCGUACAGCUGCCAAUUACACUAGGGUUGUUCUUCGGUGUCAAGGGGCUGUGUGACUUUCCCCUUGAGCAGCUGAAGUACACCGGUUUGUCAUAUUUGCCUGACUUGACGGUUGCGGAUCCUACUGGUACCUUGCCCAUCGCUGCCACUGUGCUCAUCAACCUUCAACUCACUUUGGGUGCUCGUGAGAUGAUGUCGUCUCCCCAGACGGCACACCUAGUCAAUCUCUUCCGUGUUCUAUCUCUCGUCAGUGUACCGCUUUGCUGGCAUCUCCCUUCGGGUACCAUGGUGUACAUCAUCACGAGUAUUAUCGGUCUCAUGGCACAAAGUCUCGUCCUGCGGUCGACCGCCAUUAGGAGAUUGCUGGGCAUCCCCAUUGUGCAGCAGCAGCACCAAACAAAACCGGCAACAAUGAUGGAGUCUGUCGACUUUUUGAAGCAUUGGUGGCAGGACAAAAAGAAGGAGCAGGAGGCUAUCAUCAGGGCAAGGAAUCAUAGGCGGUAAUGAAAACGGACUCCGUUGUGGUAGACUUACUGUACACUUGGGCUAAUUGAUUGCUUCACACCCUGCUCAGAAA